AUGGCUGCUCGGUGCGAGCUUAGCGACGUGGACGACGGCACUGUGUUGACACUUGAGAAGCUCUACGCUCGCCUUCCUGACGUGAACGAUAUACCCAUCGUGGAACAAAAUCAAAUCGACGACUCUGGAGGCUCCGAAAUUUACGGCGAACUCACGCCGCGAGGGGUGCGUGAAGUGCGAGAACUCCUCUCGCCGCGGAAGGACGACGUCUUUUACGACCUGGGAAGCGGGGCUGGACGUUUUGUGCUGCAGGCGGCGCUGGAGUGGCCAUGCAGCCACGCGGUGGGGAUUGAGCUGUCUCGCACCCGUCAUCGAGUCGGCGAGGUGGCCCUCUCCCGCACCGCGCCCUUUGUGCGCCAACGUGCCACCCUGCGCUGCGCGGACAUGCUCACGUGUGAGGGAUGCGAGGACGCGACGCUAAUCUACGUUGCGUCGCUGGUAUUUGACGACGCAUUCAUGCGGCAGCUGGGCACGCGGCUGUCGCAGCUUCCUCGCCUUCGCGCCAUCGCGUCGCUGCGUCCCUUUCCUCCUGGAGCACUGCCAGAGUUUGUGCCAGCCAAGCGGAAUGCGGCGCCAGACUCGGACCCGGCGACCCUCCGAGAGCGCGUCGAGGCGACGUGGGGCGCAACUCGCGUGUUUAUCUAUGCGAGGGAGACGUGA